AUGAAGCAAAGUCAAUUGCUUCUACUUCAUUUCUUUCUAAUAUUCUUGACAUUAGCCACUGCUCAAACCACCACUAACACAACGUCUCCUCCCACCAACACCAACACCACCACGACCACCACCAUUACAAAAGGUGCGAAUAUCACAAAACCAGGAUGUCCAAAGAAGUGUGGGAACCUCACAGUUCCGUAUCCUUUUGGGAUUGGGUUAGGUUCAGGUUGUGCCAUUGACCCGAAUUUUGAGAUUGGUUGUAACAAAUCGACAGGGACUGCAACACUCUAUGCAUCGAACAUCAAAGUAUAUGACAUUUCUGACACGGAAAUGCGGUUAUUUAAUUUCAUAGCGGAGACAUGUUACACAUCAGCAGGACUUAAGCUCGUGGAAUAUCCGCUAUGGGUCACUUUAGGAAGAUCAACUCCUUAUAGUUUCUCUACCCUUAACAGAUUUACGGUUGUUGGAUGUGAUGAUACUGCUAUAAUAAGUGGUACUAAAUUCGUGAAUGGCUGUCCCACAACCUGUACACGCUCAUCUGAGGUAGUCGAUGGUACAUGUAUGGCUUCCGGUUGCUGCCAAAUACAAAUACCAAAAGGGUUGAAAUAUUUCAACACAUCAAUGCAAAGCUUGAAAAACCACAGUAGAAUUUGGUCGUUUAAUCCAUGUGGCUACGCGUUUCUUGGUGAGGCUAGUCGUUUCCAAUUCCGAGGCAUGGAGGAUCUAAAUGAUUUGAAUUUUGUUGAGAGGAUUGUCAAUAAUGUCCCCAUUGUGUUGGAUUGGGCUAUUGGAAAUCUUACUUGUGUUGAAGCACAAAAAAGCGAUGAUUAUGGUUGUCGAGGUAAUAGCCAAUGUGUUGAUUCUGACACCGGCUUAGGUGGAUAUCGGUGCAGAUGUAACCUGGGAUAUGAAGGAAAUCCUUACCUCGGCUGUCAAGAUAUUGAUGAAUGUGCGAAUCCAAAUACUAAUUCGUGUGAACAAAAUUGUAUAAACAUACCGGGCAGUUACAAUUGUUCAUGUCCACAAGGAUAUACUGGUGAUGGCAAAAAGAAUGGCCGUGGUUGUAAUGCAACAACCUCAAACUCUGAGUUUCCAUGGAUCAAGUUUUCUGUUGGUAUGGGAGUUGGGUUUAUGUCCCUAGUGCUUGGAACAACUUGGCUCUAUUUUAGCUUCAAGAAACGAAAACUCAUGAAACUCAGGGAGAAGUUCUUCCAACAAAAUGGCGGAUUCCUCUUAAAACAACGAAUCUCCUCUAACGAGGGUGGUGUGGAAGCAACCAAAAUUUUUACAGCUGAAGAGUUGAAGAAGGCUACAAACAACUACGCCAACGAUAGGAUUCUUGGUCGUGGUGGAAAUGGAAUUGUCUACAAAGGUAUACUACCCGAUAAUCACAUAGUUGCAAUUAAGAAAUCUAAGUUUGUGGAUGAGAAUCAAAUUGAACAGUUCAUCAAUGAGGUACUUAUUCUUACUCAAGUUAACCAUAGAAAUGUAGUGAAACUCUUUGGGUGUUGUUUGGAAGCUGAAGUCCCUUUACUGGUUUACGAAUACGUUUCUAAUGGAACUCUUUACGAGCAUAUCCACAACAAAAAUGGAGCGCCUUGGUUAUCUUUGGAAAAUCGGUUGAGAAUUGCUGCAGAGACAGCAAGUUCACUUGCUUACCUUCAUUCAUCCGCGUCAAUGCCAAUAAUUCAUAGAGAUGUCAAGUCUGCCAAUUUAUUGUUGGAUGAUGUUUACACAGCCAAAGUGGCAGAUUUUGGAGCUUCAAGAUUAGUCCCUCUUGAUCAAACACAUGUUGCUACGAUGGUUCAAGGAACGUUAGGGUACUUGGAUCCCGAAUAUUUCCACUCAGGUCAAUUGACAGAGAAAAGUGACGUUUAUAGUUUUGGAGUAGUUCUUGCUGAACUUUUGGCAGGGUUGAAACCUAUUUUGAAGGACGAAAAUGAGAAGGACAAAUGUUUGGUAGACUAUUUCGUCUUGUCCAUGAUCACAAAUAACUUAUUUCAGAUUCUUGAUCGUAGAGUGGUACGAGAAGGAAGUCUUGAGCAACUUCAGAAGACUGCUGAGCUUGUUAAGAGUUGCCUUAGUUUGCACGGAGAAGAUAGGCCUACUACGAAAGAAGUGGCAAUGGAACUUGAAAGUUUGAGAAAGUUCACAAAAAAUAACCCUUGGGCUAAUGGACAUGAAGACGAAGAGAAUGAAGAUGAAGUAAGAGAUCUUUAUACAAUUGAUCCAAUCGACUCUAAUACAGACAACGACUUUACUGGACAAUAUAGUUCGUAUAGUCCUUCAUUAAUAUUUCAUACAAAUAUCCCGCGGUGA